AUGUGUUCACGGCUUGUACUUCACACAGAUUAUCGUAUUCGACUUAGCGUGCUGACCGUUCUGUACGAUAUCUAUUCACAGUGCUCCAUAAGCCUUGCACCACUUAUUGAAAAUGUUCUCAUCGAUUGUGUCGUCCUGUUGCUCAAUGAUCCGUACGAAAGUAUUUCUAUGCUUUCUGCGAAGGUCAGAGAUCAUUUGAUGCAAUCAUUAAGUAGCAACUUUAUGAAUCGUCUGAGGGACCGCUUAUAUACCUUGUCAAAUUCGAUUCGUAACGAAGUUCUUGCAAAAGGAGAUGUAAAUGGACGCCUACAACAGAUACAUGGAGUGCUGUUGACAUUAAUUUCGGGUGGUGGUGACAUUUUUCCGGAAAGAAAAUUUUCGGAUCAACUAGCUAUUGCCAUGGCAUCAACUCUUCAUCUGGAUUGUAAGCGCUUACUUUUGAGCAAGCAAAGUGCAGAAAUUGCCGGCAGCGGUUUGGAACUUUUGGACAACUUAGCUCUUGCGUAUGGUGUCAAAAACAAUACGGUGCACCAGAUUGCUACCUUAUUAGCAAAAUCGGAUAGUCCCUUAAUGGAUUGCAUUAGUGCUGUGGUUCAACGUUCGGAAUCACUGGAUGAACAAAUUGGAUGUUACCUUUUUGCUGCUUAUCUAUUACGAGCCGCUGAUUUGGAAAAUGCCAUUGGGAUUUGUGAAAAAUUCUUUUCCACUAUUGGUGGCAUGGUGGAUCAAGCGGUUUCUCAGCUCGAUCGAAUCGACAUCCAUCGUAAAACGCGGGAUGAUCUCAUUGAAGAUAAUGAGUAA